CUUCUGCUCGCCUUUCAAUUAUAAUUAUUUUACCUUUGAGUCUCCUCCUUCGUAUAUAUAUAUCUCUCUCUCUAUAUAUAUAUAUUCCUUAUACCUUAAAUAUAUAUAAAUAUAGUCUUUUUGUCUCCUUAAUUAAUUCCACUUGUUUAUAUACACUAUUGAUGUGAGAAAAGAAAAAAAGAAUGAGGGAGGAGAAAAAAGGAGGAAAUAUUAAUUACAAGAUGAUGAGUUUACAUAAUAAUAAUUCAGAUCCAAAUAUUAAUAAUAAUAAUAAUUCGGAGAUGAUGAUGAUGGAUGAUUACGCUCGUAACAGUAGUGCUUCGUUAACGAGUCCAAUGGGAAUUAUGGGUGGGUUCGAUCCCAGCAGAUUAAGCACAGAGGGAUCUCCAAUGAUGAUGUCUCCUUGGAAUCAAGUUUCAUCAUUCCUACCAUAUAAUAAUAAGUCUCCUUGGUCUCAACAAUCACAAUUUGACCACGAUAAUUCCAAUUAUUCCAACAACAAGAACAACAACAACAACACUCUCAUCGGCUCACUUGUUCGCGAAGAAGGCCAUAUUUACUCAUUGGCUGCCUCCGGUGACCUCUUAUACACAGGCUCCGACAGCAAAAACAUUCGUGUCUGGAAGAGUCUCAAGGAGUUUAGCGGUUUCAAAUCUAACAGCGGUUUGGUCAAAGCCAUUGUAAUCUCAGGUAAUAAGAUUUUCACCGGACACCAAGACGGCAAGAUCCGCGUCUGGAAAGUCUCACCACCACCACCAUCCAUUUCCAACAAAAAUAACAUUAAUACCCUCCACAAACGAGCAGGCACCUUACCCACUCUCAUGGACAUUUUCAAAAGCUCCGUUAAACCCAGCAGCUACGUACUCGACGCCGGAAGACGUCGUCGCACCUCCCUCUGGAUCAAACACUCGGACGCCAUUUCUUGCCUGAGCUUGAGCGACGACAAAGCCUUGUUGUACUCCGCCUCGUGGGACCGGACCUUAAAGGUCUGGAGGAUCGACAACUCCAAGUGCCUCGAGUCAAUUAACGCUCACGACGACGCCGUCAACGCCGUCGUCGCAACCGUUGAGGGAUUGGUCUUCACGGGAGCCGCAGACGGAACCGUUAAGGUUUGGAAGAGGGAGCAGCGUGGGAAGCUGACGAAACAUUCUUUGCUUCAGAAAUUGUUGGUUCAGGAGAGCGCAGUAACGGCUCUGGCCGUUAACGGUAACGGCUCUUCAAUAGUUUACUGUGGGUCCUCUGAUGGAUUGGUCAACUUUUGGGAACGUGAGAAGCAGUCGUUUUCCCACGGUGGGGUCCUCAAGGGUCACAACCUGGCGAUCCUCUGUCUCGCGGCUGCAGGGGGAUUGGUGUUCAGCGGGUCCGCAGAUAAGACCAUAUGCGUGUGGAGAAGGGAUGAUAAUAUUCACACGUGUCUUUCCGUCUUAACGGGCCACACAGGCCCAGUCAAGUGUUUGGCUAUUGAACGGGACCGUGACCAUGACCAGAACCAGAGAUGGGUCGUUUACAGUGGAAGCCUCGAUAAGUCCGUUAAGGUCUGGAGCGUCUCCGAAUAUGCCCAGCAGGAUUUUAAUCAAACGGUUACCAUGCCACAUGCCAUAUCUGAUGUCGAUUCUUUGCCGUCCGAUGGAAGCUAUUCCUCUGCUGGCCGUUUUAGCAACAACAGGACGAACCAACUGUAAUGUGCCACGUGUUAGCUUAACUGUUUCGGAUGUUUUGUUUGUGACACGUACUUGGUUUGUAGCUUGGUUAUGUGAUGAUUGCCUUGUGUUUGUGUACAACUUAUUGUCUAGUGUAAAACUAAUUAAUCAAUGCCAAAUUAAAUUUUAAUAUUUCCUG